GUUGCCUUGUUCGAAUAAAGAAAAAUUAAUCGAGUGUUCCUCCUGCACAUCUUAACCGACCGGGACGUGGCUUUGUAACGAACGAUGACACAUGGUGCCAACUUCCCGCGAGUGUUGCCACGAGCCCACGACGCUGGCCACGUGGCACACAUGCAGCCAGAGCCUAGACCGUUUUAAGCGACGGAGGGGCGCUACGCGGAGAGCCCAUCGGGAGGUCUUGAGGAUCGGGCCGUUGAAGGAUGCCGGGGCUAACGAUCGGCGACACGAUCCCGGACCUGGAGGUGGAGACCACCCGGGGGAAGAUCCGGAUCCACGACUACGUCGGCGAUAGUUGGGCCAUCAUCUUCUCCCACCCCGGCGAUUUCACACCCGUAUGCACGACGGAGCUGGGGAAGAUGGCGGCGUACGCGGAGGAGUUCGAGAAGAGAGGGGUGAAGCUGCUAGGCCUCUCCUGCGACGAUGUCAAGUGCCACAUGGAAUGGAUCAAAGACAUCGAGGCCUACACGCCCGGGUGUCGCGUAACGUAUCCAAUAGUGGCCGACCCCGAGAGGGAGCUGAUCAAGCAGCUGAACAUGGUAGACCCUGAUGAGAAGGACUCCAGUGGGAACCAGCUCCCGUCACGGGCCCUUCAUAUGGUGGGCCCUGAUAAAAAGGUUAAGCUGAGCUUCCUGUACCCGGCGUCGACGGGGCGGAACAUGGACGAGGUGGUCCGGGUGUUGGAGUCGCUCCAGAAGGCGGCCAAGCAUAAGGUGGCGACCCCGGCGAACUGGAAGCCGGGGGAGCCGGUGGUGAUCUCGCCGAGCGUGUCCAAUGAGGAGGCCAAGGAGAUGUUCCCUCAGGGAUUUGAGACCGCGAAUCUCCCGUCGAAGAAGAAUUACCUCCGCUUCACAAAUGUCUGAUGUCGUUAGACUGUCUGUGAUAUGUUCAUAUGUGGUUUCUGGGUCAUUCCAUACUGUGUUGUAUUAUAUGUUUGUGGUUUUGUUGUAGUUUGUGCCUUUGCGGAGUUUGGAUCUUAAUUUGUAGUUUAAGUUCGUUAUUAAAGAUUUACCUUUAGAUUAA